AUGAAUAUACCGUUUCCAGUUUUGUUACCUCGCCUUAUAGACUCAAAAUGGUUUAACGCAGACAGUCCUUGCGAUGAAGAAGCUGAAUUAACAAGUUUGGAACAAGCAAAUCAACAUUGGUUAAGUUCUAUUGGCCAACAAUAUAUGAAAAGAGCUCCUUUAGGCAAAACAGAUCCGGAACCAAUGGAAGAAGAAGCAGAUACAGAUGAAGAAGAAGGAAAUGACGAAACGGAUGAAUCUGAGGAAUCUCAUGAUGAAGAUGAAGAAGAGGAAUUGCGAACAUCAUAUUCACCCGCAAGAAAUAAUAAUGAAUUGGAACCAGAUAUUUUGGAAGUCAUUAAUGAAGAGCCAGAACUCAAUUCAUCUGACCAAACCAAUACGAUUCCCUCAGCUCCUCGGGAACCAGACUACCGCGUAUUUAUAAGAGUCCACGGUUGUUACUCCGAAGGAAGAAUGCCGGGUAGUGGUGUCGGUGGUGCUACCGCUGGAAGAAUCGCUCGUCCUGAUGUAGAAGACGUGGUGCUUGAGGAGAUUGAAAACGAUCCUUCAACCUCUACGCGAGCAAUAGCUCGACGCACAGGUGUUGGAAAAUCGACCGUACACGAUAUUUUAAAGAAAAACGAAUUCCACCCUUACCACGUCACACGCGUGCAAACUCUCCAACCAAGAGAUUAUCUCUCAAGAUCUGAAAUUAAGGAGAUUAAAUCGACGUACGUAACGGUUGAGCAGCUAGAGGAUUUAAAGAAAGAGUUAUGUAAUUUAAAAAAUAACUCGCCACCUUUCACAGCGGCUAGGAUCAACAUCAAGAGAGGCACGUAUCGUGACAGCGGCCCUAUAGGGUUAUCGCUUUUCUAUGAGUCGACUGUUAAUAGUAGUGAAGGCAAACCUAGCUGUGAACCUUCAACAGCUAAGGAGUAUAGUUUAAAAAAUAUAAAAAUUUACAAAAAGCAGUCUGAAGGCAGUAGUGAAACAUUAUCUGAUGCAACAUUUCAACAAACGCCUGGCUCAGUGACGGGUUGUCGCAGGGACGACGCGAACCGCGAUGAGUCACAGCCUAUCGUAAGUGACCGUAAUCGGCUGUCGCCUAACCACCAGUCAGAUGGCAUUGGAACGACGGAUAAUGAGUCGUAUGCGCAAGUGACUUUAAAGUCUAGUAAUGAGUGGACAGUUGUUCAGAGGAAGGGAAAGAAAUCCAAAAAUCGCGUUGAAGGAAAAUCAGGGAUAGCUGUGGUAGAAGCGGAUGAGAUGUUUAGAGCAGCGGAAAGAAAAACUCCUCUGUUUAUAUCCAAUGUGCAUAAAAUACUUCCGAAGCAGACAUCGUUCGAUAUAUCAACAAGAUGA